UCUCGUUCGCUCUCUCUCCGUUUCGCUCUCUCCUCUCUCCUGCUUCACACCGCAUUCGUAAACAAAGACAAUGAAAGCUCCAGUUGAACGGCGGCUGAAAGGCCCCAAAGCAAGGGCCCCCAGAUUGUUUCUCGCCGUCGAGCCGAGCGCACGUACUCGAAAAAAAUAGCACUAAUAAUAAAUAGUGGUGUAUAAUAGUGCAGCAUUGUGUAAAACACGCGCGGCUCUGCUGUCUCGCUCUGGCACACACCCACACACUCACACUCUCGCGUGCCCACACACAUACAUACCCAAUACCUGUGAGAGAGCGAGAGAUACGAAAGAAGGUGCAUGGAAAAUCGGGAAAAUCGGAACUGAAAAAGUCUGAAUUUCGCUUAAACUUAGUUAGCUUUACGAACGCCUGUCAGUUGGAAAUUGAAAGUGUCGGCAAAAAAGUGUUUUAAUUAGUCAAAACUUCGAGCAAAUCAAACAAACAGUCGUAAACCUCGUGAACGUAACGGUAAAACGGGAAACAUCUGGGCGCGAAAAAAUCGAUCCAGACGAUGUGAAAAUUGGCCAAAAUUUCCCGAUGAAAGCAACAAUUUUUGGCAAACAUAAAACAACACAGGGAGCGUGAAAUUGAGAUACGGAUAGAGUGUGGAUAUAGUGGUAGUUGGGUAGUUAAACGGCCUGUUACGUUACGAUAUCGUCGUAGUAAACAUAAAAAUAAAAGCGCGGCGCAACAACCCGAGCGGCUUAGUCAUCCGUGCAAGAGAUUCACAACAGCGCUGCAGAUACUGAGAUACAAAAACACCAGAUACAAUAGACCAUAUAUAAACCGAAGACUUGGAGAUCUCAACUUGAAGCGGUUGCAAAAACUGAAAUUCCAAUCUUUGAGAUCCCGAACCCAAAGGAACUCGGAAACUGGAAUUCCUAUGCAAUUGCAAUAAAAAGCAGCUGCAAAUAGGCGAUAUAGUAUACAAAAUCCCAAUCUUUGAGAUAUCACCACCUUCAAGCGGUUGAUAAACCCGUACCUCAAGGAACUUGAAAACCGGGAGACCUACGUAAUUACAAAAAAUUGCAGCAACAACAGGGCAGCGCCUACGACACGCCAGUGAUUACAGCAACAACAUUAUUAUUUACCUAGCCAGCGUAACCUGUUGUAUAUUGCAUUAUUGCUCACCUCUCUCGGCAUCUAAAAUUGGGCAUUCACAAGCGGCUUAAAUACGUGGUUAACCAUCGACGGUAUAUACACAUAUAUAGCCGGAAUCUGCAAGUGGCACACCUGUGGCCACGGGUCAGUUGACCAGCAAUUGGACGACCAGUUGGAGCAACAGCAUCACCAUCGCAACUGCAAUCACGAUCACACAUAAUGUCGAGACUCACCGAGGAAAUGGUGAUUGCGCGGGCCAAGCAGUCCGAUCUGUCCCUGAUCAAAAAGCUUAAUUGCUGGGGCAGUGAUCUCAGCGAUGUGUCCAUCAUCAAGCGAAUGCGUGGAGUGGAAGUUUUGGCUCUGAGUGUCAACAAGAUCAGCACGCUGUCGCCCUUCGAGGAAUGCAACAAACUGCAGGAAUUGUAUCUGCGGAAGAACAACAUCUCGGACAUCAACGAGAUUGCCUACCUGCAAAAUCUUCCGGCCCUCAGGUAUCUCUGGCUGGAGGAAAAUCCCUGCUGCGAUCGAGCGGGCCCCAACUAUCGGGCGGUCGUGUUACGCGCCCUGCCCAAUCUGAAGAAGCUUGACAAUGUGGAGGUCACCCAGGAGGAGUUGGAUGACGCCAUGCGCGGAGGCGGUGGUCCCGUUGCGGAGGAUGAGGUGUACGAGGAUGCCUACCAGCAGCAACAGGGACAGACGGCGCGAACGUCGCCGCAACAGAUGCCACAGCAGCAGCAACAGCACAGCUACCCGCAACACUCUCCUCCGUCGCAACAGCAACAGCAGCAAUAUCAUCACCAGCAGCAACAUCACCAACCGCAACAGCAGCAACAGCAACAAUCGCAUCAGCAGCGACGCAGCUCCAGUCCCAUGAAAGAGCCGCCGCAGUUGGCCAGUCCGCUGGUCAAUAACAGCAGCGAGGGAAGCAUCAGCCACAGCGCCAGCGAUCUCUAUCAGGUGCAGACGGCUCAGCCGCUGAAGGGCUCCCAGCCACCCACGCCCACCAAGGAACCCGUGCAUCCGCCAUCGCCCAUGUAUAACACCAUAACCAAAGAGCAGCGCACCUCCUACCACCAAUACGAUCGCUCGCCGGGAUCCGACCAGGAGAGUAGUCCGCACACAGCUUACAGGGAGGUGCGGCCCACGCCGCUGCCGCCCAGCAUCUCAGCGCAAUCGAUGAAGGAAUACUAUCAGUCGGACAGGCCAGCCUAUCCGGCGCACUAUCGCCACAGCCAGACGGACCUCACCGAGUGGGAGGAGCACCAGCAGGCGCCCCAGGUGCAUCACAAUCCCUAUGGCAGCCAAAUGCAGUUGCAUCAUCCGUCGCAGCGACGCAGCGCGGGUCCGGAGACGACGAUGCCGGCCUACCGGAAUGGCAGUGCCCGGGAGAAUGGCGGCGAAUGGGAUCCGGAGGACAGGCCCAGGUCGAGGCGACCCGAGGGCAGAUACAGUGACUCGACCACAACUCUUUCGGCCUCCGUGAUGAAUCAUUAUUCGGGCUACCAUCGCAGGCCCGUUAAUAGGAACUCGAAUCUACUGUCCGCCACUCUUUGUUUGGUCAAGGAAUUGGACUACGCCAGUCUGGAGGUGCUCGAACACGCUGUGCGAUGUCGCAUCGAUGAGAUGGCGGGCGAAUGAUGAAGACGACUCUCUAAUCGCAUGUCGAUUAGCUAAUACAAACACAACACAACAACAAAAUGACCAGAAAAAAUCAACACUUAAAAGACAAGCAGCAAAAAGGCUGCGUAGGAGGAAUGGAAAUGCUGAUAUUAUACUAACGUCUUAAGCAACAAAGAAAACAAAUCAGAUACUUAACGAGGAUAACGAUUCAUACUUGCCAAUUGUAAACUGUCAUAGUGUAACUAGCAACUUUUGUAACUUUGCUAAUGGAAUCAGAAGAUGUAAGAAGAGAAACCUAGAAGAUAAUCACCGAUGUAUGGAUUUAUUAAUGCUUCGAUUGAUUUCCACCUAUUGAUCCCAGAUCCCGUUCAGUUGAACCCCAAUCGAGCACUAGCCUUCUUUUGUACUUAACUCGCGAAGAUCGAAACUAACGAAAACUAAUAAAGACGCCCAAGGCGCCCAAGCACAAUGUAAUCUGUAUCUUCCCUGUUUUCCUUUGUUAGAUUAGUUGAAAUUUAUACUCAUGACUUUGUUAAAUAUUUGUACACGAAAGCAAUUAACGCUAGACCUUAAUUUUAAUAUAUAUAUAUUUACCUAUAAUGCAAUGAACACGUCCAGUUUAUGUUUGCCGUUCUCUAUUUAACGAUUACGUUGGAAACUACUAUGCGAAAAAUAAACAAAUUAACAGUA